AUGGCUGAACAAUUCGUAAAACGCGCCUCACACAAAGCAAUGAGGCGCGCCGUCACGGUGACCCCGAAAAGCACUGCGGUGGACGACCCGCCGCAUUCCCGCCAAAUCCUCCUCCCACCCACAUCACUAUGUGCUGUUUUAGGUUUGAAUUUAAGAAAGCCGACUCACGUGGAUUUCUUUAAGCAACGAGUAACAGCUGCUAGCGGCAAGCAGACGGACUGGAAGGCCGCGGAGGAGCCGGGCAGUGAGGUGCAGAACGACGUCAUCGUCACACCAACCCACGAACAGGCGGAGCAGGCAGAGCGCGCCCUGCAGCUGUUUGACAUGGACAUGGCGUUCGGCCCCUGCACUGGCCUCUCCCGCUUGGAGCGCUGGCAGCGCGCUAACCGGUUAGGGCUCAACCCUCCCCCCCACGUGCGGGCACUGCUGGAAUCUGCCUCAUGCCGUGAAGACAGCGUGUGGGAGGGCAGGGUGUGA